GAUCAUAUGAUUUUACUUCAUUGAUCCAAGGCAAUUUGAGAGGUGUUCCAUUAAAUACAUUAGUCGUCUGGAUUAAAACAGUUUUAACUCAGGCAAAUAUUAUUUAAGUCAUAAAAUGGCAAGUCAAACGCAAGGUAUUCAACAACUAUUAGCUGCAGAAAAGCGGGCAGCUGAAAAAGUAGCCGAAGCUCGUAAACGUAAAGCAAAACGUCUAAAGCAAGCAAAAGAGGAAGCCCAAGAAGAAAUUGAAAAGUAUCGUGCUGAACGUGAACGUCAAUUUAAAGAAUUCGAGGCAAAACACAUGGGAUCCCGUGAAGAUGUUGCCCAAAGAAUAAACUUAGAAGCCCGUGGUCGUAUUGAUGAAAUCAACAAAAAAGUUGACGCCAACAAGGAAAAGAUUAUUAAUGAUAUCUUGACAAUUGUUAACGAUAUCAAACCCGAAUUGCAUCAAAAUUAUCGUGUUCAACGUGGAGAAUUAAAAUUGGGCCACAAUUAGUUUGUAUUUAUCAAAUACUUUGCUUGUUAUAGAAAUUAGGUCAAAUUAAUUGGUUUGGGUUAAGAAAAAAUAAGAUUUAAAAAAUAUAUAUAUAAUAUAUUAUGCAUUAUGUUAUUGUACGUGUCAUUCAAAAAGAAAAUCAA